AUGUCCGCUACCCCCAACAUCAACUCCGAAUACGACAUCAUCGUCGCAGGAGGUGGAACAAGUGGUUGUCUUCUUGCCUCUCGCCUGGCCUCCGCAGACUCCUCUCUCCGGAUUCUUGUCCUCGAAGCCGGGCCACCAACCAAGGAUCUCCUCACGCACAUCCAACCCGCGCGGUACCUCUCGCAUCUCGCCCCCACCUCUACUACUGUUCGCUUCCACGCCGCGCAGGCCUCCGAGAACCUCGGCGGGCGUAAGAUUGUCGUCCCAUGCGGUCAAUGCUUGGGCGGCGGGUCCAGUGUCAACUUCGCGAUGUACACCAGGGCAAGUAGAUCCGACUAUGACGACUGGGAGGAGACGUACGAGAAUCAAGGUUGGGGUUCCAAAGACCUUAUCCCGUUGCUCAAGAAGACUGAGACCUACCAGGAGGGAGAUGAUGCCCUUAACCAUGGUUCUGGCGGUCCCCUUAAGGUGUCAUAUGGAGGUAAAUUCACCAAUGUCGGCCAACAAUAUCUCGAUGUCGCCUCCAAGUUCGACAAAGAGCGGGGACCGAACGCUGCUGAAGGGGAGAACGUUGACCCGAACGAUCUUGUAACUGUUAACAAGUACGGAAGAUGGCAGAAGUGGAUUGAUACCUACUCUGGAAAGCGUUCCGACGUUCCCCACCAUUUCAUUUAUAACCCAGAGUCCGAACAGAAUGAGAACCUCCAUGUUGUCACUGGUGUGCUCGUCCGCCGCGUCUUGAUCGAAGGAGACCGUGCCACAGGCGUUGAAUUCUCAUUCAACCCACGCUUCUUCCCGGACGUACCACCAGCCAGCCACACGGUCUCUGCCAAACAAAUGGUCGUCGUGUCCGCCGGAACGUUCGGUAGUCCAGGUAUCCUAGAGCGUUCUGGAGUCGGACGCCGAGACGUAUUGGAGAAGUGUGGCGUCGAUGUCAGGGUUGAGCUCGAAGGUGUCGGCGAGGGCUACCAAGAUCACAACGUCGUUUUUGUUCCAUACUUGGCCGCUCCGGAUGCUGACACGUUGGACGCCAUCGUCAGGAAUGAUACCGACGAGAUUUCACUGGCUUCUGGUCAAUGGUUCAAGGAUGGCAAAGGUUUGAUGGCACACAACGGUAUUGAUGGCGGUGUCAAGAUGAGGCCCUCUCCUUCCGAGCUCGAAGCUUUCGGUCCCGAAUUCAAGAGGCGCUGGGACACGGAGUUCGUCGACAAGCCUGACAAGCCUGUUCUCUGGAUGGGCAUUGUGUCCAUGCUCGUCGGUGACCCCUCUACUGUGGCCCCCAGGAAAUAUUUCAGCCUUGGUUUCUAUAACGAAUAUCCCGCCGCGCGUGGCCAUAUUCAUAUCACUGACUGCGAGGAUGUUCAGGCGCCGACCGACUUCAGAACUGGGUUCUUAGACGACAUGGCCGAUGUGAGACCUUUGGUCUGGGGUUACAAGUUCACGCGUGAGAUUGCUCGCCGCAUGCCCGUUUUCCGUGGCGAGCUUGCAGAAAUGCACCCUAAGUUUCCCAAUGGCUCUAAGGCAGCUCUUAUCCAUGAAACUGACAAGGGAUCUGGACCACUUGACCUCAACGCCCCCAUGGCGGAAUACGGUCCAGAGGAUGAUGCCGCCAUCGAGAAGUAUACCAGAGAGUUUGUUUCGACGGCGUGGCACUCGCUCGGUACAUGUUCUAUGAAGCCUCGCGCCAAGGGCGGUGUUGUCGACUCUAGGCUCAAUGUUUACGGGGUACAAGGCCUCAAAGUCUGUGACAUGUCCAUCUGUCCUGGCAACGUUGGUGCCAACACUUACUCCACCGCCCUCGUUGUGGGUGAGAAGGGCGCUACAAUCAUCGCUCAGGAACUGGGAAUCCAAGUAUAAGGUC